AUGCCACCGAAAAUGCGCUCCGAGUCCAAGAAAUCGUCGGCGAUCCACAAGCCUCGAGAAAAGGUGGAACGGAGAAAUGCCCGGGAACGCCAGAGGGUAAAGCAAGUGAAUGCCGGAUACGAAUACUUGGGUCAGAUGGUAAGCUUGUUACUUCUGAGGUCUAUUUUUGAUUACCUUUAUUUUAAACGGUUUUGUAUUUAUCGACCGCCAAUUCCCUUUCUGCUGUAGUAAUCAUUUUGUUUUUAGUUGAACGAAUGGGAACUCUACAAAAACAAGAAACUGACCAAGGCGGAUACCCUCAAAGCAGCCAUCCAGUACAUCAAACAUCUCGAGAGUCUCCUCGGCCCCUCUGCCUCCAAAGACCAAAGUAGUUCUUCGGUAUCAGCCGUAUCUUCUGCAUCUCCCUCUCCAUUCUCCGCAAUCCAAACACCCAAUCAACAGAGUCCUUACCAGCCUCACCAAUCGCAACCGUACCCUCCGCAAGACUCAUAUCAGAUGUACGAUAUCAAAUCAGAGGUCUCUCAGUACUAUUACAAUAAUCAGCAAUACUUCCAUCAGUGA